AACAAAUCCUCCACCGAUCAACCAGCCAAGCGGAUGACGAAUGAUUGUUCCUCCCUCUCAAAUCCCCACCACCCAACGGCAAACAGAUAAGACCGCCAGUCUCCGAUGGCCGCCGUCACCGUCCUCUCUCCUUCCGCCUCCCCCGCCAUAGCAGCCUCACCUAGGCCUUCACCAUCCUCUUUUCCUUCAAAGCCCAUCUCAAAGAUCCCACCUUUAUCCAAACCCCCCUCCAAGCUCUUCGUUUCCUCCAAAACCUCCACCUCCUCCUCAACCUCCUCGUCGAUGGAGAAAGAAGAGCGCAUCUUCUUCGACGGCGGCGCUCACUACGGUGACCUCGUCACUAACCUUCUAUUAGGCUUCACCCUUCUCUGGCUUCCGCUCACCAUCGCCGCCGUUUCACGCGCUUUCUUCCUCCGCUAUCGCUUUACUAAUCGGCGGGUCACUGUCAUCUCCGGUUUCACAGGUCAAGAUCGAACUGACUUCCCCUACUCGGCAAUCAAGGACGUGCAGGUCGUGCCGAGAUUGAUCGGCGAGUGGGGGGACAUUAUCAUUACUCUUAAGGAUGGCACCAAGGUCGAUAUCCGCAGCGUGCCCAGGUUCCGAAUGGUCUCCGAUUAUUGCCUCCUGAUGGCGGAUGGAGCUGCCAAGGGUUUACCGGAGCAGAAGGCCGUGUCGGGUCCCAGAGGGUUCUGAUCUAGGGUUUGCUACGUCGGAGAAGAGGGACCUAGUGGUGGUUGGCAUGUAUCCAUUGGCUCAAGCUUUUGAUCUGCACAGAAAUCUGCUAGUGAGUGCAUGGAGCCCUACUCAAGGCCUUAUUUUCUGCUAAAAACCUGUUACAUGGUAACAGUUUGAGCGUUUGUAGUGUGUGAAUCCUACCAAAGCCUCAUUCUUCACUGAACUUUUUUCCAUUAUUUGCUUGGAGUGGGGUUGCAACGACUGGGGACAUUGUUUCCUUGUGGGUUUCGAGGACUGAGCCUCCCAAUCCAAAAAUACUAUGGAAUAUGCAAAUUAUUAUGAAAUUAUAUUGUGGGUCAUAUAUUUUGGGAA